AUGGACUCAGUAACCGGUAUCUUCACAUACCGACUAGCGCUAGACGAUGAUUUGGAACCCCUCUGCCUCGAAGCGAAGUGGUGCUCUUACUCAGAGCUCAGGCAGCGUGUCCCAGACCUGCUGAAUGAGCAUAUCCAUCGUGCAAGCCUCCAUGAGAAUCACAGGCCACACAAAAAGACGACCGUCAUUAUCCUAUUUGUACGUUGUUGCUUGCCCGGCUGCUAUUGGUUCCCACCCGCCCAUUGUCUCCAAGCAGGGUCCACUCCAAGCAUCGAUCAGGUGUCAGCUACUGUUUCCACCCCAUCGAUGGAGCAUAACGAUUCGGGCAAUGGUCAUCUAGCUUACCCCCUUGCUGUAGGCCAAGCAGACAUCGCUGGGUACAAAAUUGAGCGCUGUGUUUAUGUCGGUCGCCGUCAUCUUCUCGAGACCCCGUAUGACGUGCUGAUUGUUGCACAGAUGAGAUGA